AUGGCGUCUCCUCUCAAACAGGUGAAGACGGAGAUCAAGCCGAAAAAUGCGCGGCUAUACGACCAGUUCUUUACCGACUCGCCCAAGACGCCCCAGUAUUGGCAUGAGCUGUUCGCCAUCACGUGCAACAAGCAGUUGUGGACAGAACUGCUUCAAAAGACCCCCACCGACGUCUUUCUGCGACCCAAUCAGAUCACCGCGUCUCAGACCUUCUUCGACAAGGGUAUUUCCCUUCUCAAGAUCUCGGGAUCGUCGUCGGCAGACCAAGCCAAUGUUCUGAAUCUCCUGGAGUCUUUUUUGGCCCAGGUUCUGGCCAAAUCGUGGCCCAACAACUCCACCGACGUCAUUAACGUCAUUGCGGGAUUCGCUUCCAUUGACAAGGUCUUCUACCAGUUUCUCAACAGCAUUGAUCUGAUCAUUCGAUCCAAGGACGUGAAACUGGAAACAAAACGAAAAGCAGUGGAAACAUUGAUGGUGACGGUUUCAGGAGCCUACAACACCUCUGUCGUGACCUACUUCAACCAGCGAGGCAUCUUUUCGGCACUCAUGUCGUACAUCACUUUUGACGAGACAGAAGACACCUACAUUCUUGAGGCCUUUAAACUGGUUGGUCUUCUAGCUAAUGUCGAGAAGUUUGAGAGUUCUAAUCCGUACCAGACACUACUGGCGGACUUUGUGGACGAAAAACCUAUGCUCAAGAUCAUACCUGCUCUAGGGGCUGAGUUUGUGAAGUGCAGAGACGACUAUAUUCCCACUCAAACAAGCUGGUUCAGAACUGCCACUCUCUCAGAUGCCCAGAUUGCAGCUUUGCCUUCGAAACGACUCUCUAUUCUGCUUCCCACUUUGGAAUUCGUGCAGAAGAACAAGUUGUUUGCAAAGACACUCAUUACCGAUAAAGGACAUCGUACCAAGAACUAUGACACCGAGCCUGCCCUGGCAGCCUUUCUCUCUCUCUGUUCGUACCUCUUUUCCAACCAAAACAAAAACCCACGAGCUGAAAUGUACAGUAAGGUGGCUCUAAUCAUUCUGCAGCUUCUUCUGCCCGAAUUGCACCAGUCGUUCAACACAAAAGCAUCUAUUAAAAUCAACGCCAAGCAACGGAAACCCCCCCUUCCAGAAACAGAGGCCUACACCUUUGGAACCGGCCUUUUGGACGCACUUCUUUGCUGUCUCAGAUACAAUAUGAAGAAACCUCUCCCAGACAUUUAUGAUCUCGCUCUGGUCGUCACUGAAGCAACACUCAUGGUUUACAGGGACACUCCCUCAAAUUACCACUGGAAUGAGCUGUGGAGCACGCUACUGAAUUUAGUUCAGUUCAUCAACAAGCAUGCGGAUGAUACAAACAGCACCUCUUCUAAACGAGACACAGGCGCUAUUCUCACCUGCUUGGCUAUCCCCCUGGCCUCGGAAGGACUCAGCGAGGAACAAAAGCAUCAGCUGAUCCACAAGGUGGUGGAGAACUCUGGGGCACUUAAAACGCUCAUCGCCAACUACAAGAGCAAAACCUCGUCGGCUCUUAUUGUCAUGUCUACCGUGGACCACUUUGAGAGUAUCAUCGUCAAGGAGCAUCAGCAGCGGUCUGCCAACCCGGAUAUUGUCAUUCGAGACAACUAUUCCGGCUACAAGAAGAGUAUUGCGCCGUUUGUGGGUUCUUUUUGGGCCGAAAUCCAGCCUAGAGAAUUCAAGGAGUCUAGAGAGCGAAUCUUUCUCAAGAAGUUCACCAAGGAGUGUUUGGCCUAG